CGUGGGAGGAGGAAAAAAAGCCUGCCCAACCAAAAUCUGUCCGCUUGCUGAACGCCUGCCUAUUUCCCCCCCACACACACCAGAUGUAGGUCUACCACAAAGGAGCUGAAGUUCAAAUAAGGCUGCUUUAGCCUUGCAAGAAAUGAUGGACUCACAAUUUUAAAACCGGAAUGCUGAGUUCUUUCUCACCAAGACAAAGUCUUACUGUACCUCAACGGUAACACCGUACAGAUGCAUGGCUUAGACUGAACAGCCAAGCUGAGAAAAAUCUUAAAAAAAAAAAAAAAAAAAAAAAGAAAAAGAAAGGAAAUAACUUUAUAGAUCAUCCAGACAUUUGCUUUUCUAACUUCAGUAUAGUUCACAAAGCUAUGCAGCUGUAGACUCCAGGCUACGUUCACUAAAGAGUUGCACUUCCGAUACGCAAACUGCUAAGUGAGAUGCCACAACUCGUGCGGACAAGUUGUUCUGAUAACCUUUGAUGAAAGCACGCUAAGGACAGAAGAAAGAAGACGAAGGAGACAGGAUUUUACGAAGUUCUUUGAAGAAGAAUAUUUAACCAUAAAUAGAGGAUCAUGAUGACAAGAAGAUUCAUCUGUUUAAUGCUUAUAGCUGUUGUGGGAACUGCUGCAAGCAAAACACAGGAAUUUGAAGGCAAUGAUGAAGAAAAAGAACAAGAAUUCAUUUAUAUGAACAGAUAUAAACGUUCCAGUGACACACAGGACAAAUGCACUUACACCUUUAUUGUACCUCAGCAGAGAGUAACAGGUGCCAUUUGUGUCAAUUCUAAAGAACCUGAGGUUCUACUUGAAAACCGGGUAAAUAAACAGGAAUUACAGUUACUUAACAAUGAACUUCUUAAACAAAAGAGACAAAUAGAAACUCUCCAGCAAUUGGUGGAGGUAGAUGGUGGGAUUGUUAAUGAGGUCAAGCUCUUAAGAAAAGAGAGCAGAAAUAUGAACUCUCGUGUCACACAACUCUAUAUGCAGUUACUACAUGAAAUUAUCCGGAAACGGGACAAUGCCUUAGAACUUUCCCAACUUGAGAAUAAGAUUUUGAACCAAACUGCAGACAUGUUGCAACUUGCAAACAAAUACAAAGACUUAGAGUACAAGUACCAACAUUUGAUGUCAAUUGCAAAUAAUCAGUCAAUAAUAAUUGCCCAGCUAGAAGAACACUGUCAGAGAAUGCCAUCCAUAAAGCCUCUUCCACAAACUCCACAGCCACCAAACAAAGCGUACCACCCUCCUACUUACAAUCGCCUGAUUAACCAGAUAUCUACUAAUGAGAUUCAGAGCGAUCAGAAUCCGAAGGUUCUGCCACCUACCUUACCAACCAUGCCUGCAGUAACUAGUAUUCCAACUUCAACUGACAAACCAUCUGGGCCCUGGAGAGAUUGCCUACAAGCAUUAGAAGAUGGCCAUGAUACAAGCUCUAUCUAUCUUGUAAAACCAGAAAACACAAACCGACUUAUGCAGGUCUGGUGUGAUCAACGGCAUGACCCUGGUGGCUGGACAGUCAUUCAGAGAAGACUGGAUGGGUCUGUCAACUUUUUCAGGAACUGGGAGACAUACAAGCAAGGAUUUGGUAAUAUAGAUGGAGAAUACUGGCUUGGUUUAGAAAAUAUUUAUUGGCUAACAAAUCAAGGCAACUACAAACUGCUCAUAACAAUGGAAGACUGGUCAGGUCGGAAAGUAUUUGCUGAGUAUGCUAGUUUCAGACUAGAGCCAGAAAGUGAGUAUUACAAGUUGAGAUUGGGACGCUACAAUGGAAAUGCAGGAGAUUCUUUCACUUGGCACAAUGGUAAACAGUUCACCACACUGGACCGGGACCACGAUGUAUACACAGGUAAUUGUGCUCAUUACCAAAAGGGAGGAUGGUGGUACAAUGCAUGUGCUCAUUCAAAUCUCAAUGGAGUUUGGUAUCGUGGAGGACAUUACCGCAGCCGGUAUCAGGAUGGUGUUUACUGGGCUGAAUUCCGGGGGGGAUCAUAUUCACUAAAGAAAGUUGUUAUGAUGAUAAGACCUAAUCCCAACACAUUCCACUGAGAUAAUUUUUCUCUCUCUCUUUUUUUUUUCCCCUUUCUUGAUCUAAAAAAGGAUGUAUAACUAUACUGUUAGCACCUGGAAUUAUUUCAGAAAUGAGGAAUGUAAGAUACUGUAAAUUUAUUGCUAAGAUGUGAGGGCUUGUAUAUUUUAUUUUCAAGAAUCAUUCCAGGGAAAGAAAAGCUGAAGUAAAAAACAACAACACCAAAACAACAUAACAUUCAGAACGCUUCUCUGUACUAGAAGUAGUUAUAUUAAGCCAUUUACAACUGACAAUUGAAAUGGAUUGUAGAUACAUUUUCUGUUUUUUAUUCCCUGUAAAUUAAGUUUGGAUGGUAAAAAUACUGCCACAACAUUUAAAUAUUUUUGGAUGUUAUAUUAUAUAUAAAUAUUCUCAAAUACAGGAAAUAUUACAAACUGUACAGCAAGAGUUCUAUUAUUAUUAUAAGCAAUCACUAGACACAGGAAAUCAUCCUUUGAACUAGGUAUCUGGUAUAUUAGUAUGGUUAUUUUAAUUUAAUCUUUGUUAACUGACAUGAAUAAAAUUAAUACUAUAUAACUUGAGUUUGUGAACAGAUGCGCAAACCAUUACUGUCAUAAUAAAUUCAGUCUUUCCUAUUUACUUUGAGCAUUUUAGUAAUCAGUUCCUACAAGUUAGAAUUGGCAUUUGAUUAAAACGUUUUAGAUGGAAAACUUUAAUCAUUUUUCUAAUCAGAAUGAACUAGCUACCUGCACAGGGAAAUAAACCCAGAUUUACUAUGGAUACUGUAUAGCCAACGUGUCAUAUUAUACUAUAUUUUGUACCUGACUUCAGUCAUUACCUGCUGUGUAGGCUCUCUAGUCAGAAAUGGCUGGAUAUAAAUUAAAGGGACUAUCCAACUUUGCAGGCAAAUGAUGGAUACCACUAUAUAAGCUAUUAAAUAUUCUUAGCCAAUAGGCGAAAAUUAUAUAAAGAAGCUACCUAUAGCCAAAAACAGUUAUUAUUUGCCGUAUUUCACAAUUAUAUUAUUGUCAAAUUAUUAUAACAUUUUACUCAUCUAUAAUUAGAGUUUAGUCACAACUAUGACAUACUGACUGGCAUAAUUCUAAUAUUCUUCCAUGGUAGGUUUCUAGAACAGACUGUUAUUAACACACCUUUCAAAAUGGAAAUUACCAUGAAAAAUGUAAGUUAAAGAAUGCAUGUAAGAAGGAGGGAAAGCAAAAACCCCUGGAAUUUCAAUAUAUUUCUCAGUAAGCCUGCAAGACACUUAAUGUGUUUGGACAUCUGUUUGCACACUUUUUCCCUUAUUACCUCAUGAAUUCUUUACAAAGGUAUGAUGUGCAUUAAACUGGUGUGUGAAGCAGCAUGUGUUGUAUAUAACAAAGUAGGGUUUUUAAUAUAUUAGAUCACCCCUGUAAUAUUGUACUCUUUUAAUAAAGCAACAAACGUUAUUUUGAAAUAUUCAGAUUUCAUCCUGUUUUAGUUCAGGUUACUUGCAGAAAAGCAUAAUCAAUUUCACAGAGUAUCUGACACAUUCAAGCCAACUGGGGAUGGGAAGAGGAGGUAAGGAAGGAGCAGAAUAAUGAAUGAAAAACAGUAUGUCUGGUUGUACCUAAUAAGUUAGAUCCUGUCAUGUAUUAAAAAAGCCUAUUGUCAUCAUAAUGAAAUACUUUCCACAAAUGUUGUAGGCAAUCUUUUAAAGACACAGGAUUACAGAAACUAAACACAUUGGAAAGAGUUGUGUAUGUUAUUAUAUAGACACUAUUCAUGAAAUUCAAGCUUUGCUUGGCUCAAUGUGGACCAUCACAGUAAGACAACAAUAAGGAUCAUAUCAUUAUUUCAUAAUUUAUCUAAGACUUGAUCAGAUAAGCCACCAGUAGAAAAAUACACAACAUUUAACAUGCUAUUUAUAUUUUUAAGAUAAAGGCUGGCACAUCAAAAAUAAUCAUACAUAAGGAAUUUACAGAUUAUUUAGUGAAACAAGUUAUUUGCAAGUAUACUGUCUGAAUCAAAGAUUUGCAAAAUUUCACAAUGCACUUUUUUUUUUUUCAAAUUCACAUACAUAGUAGAAAUUGCUUUGCACUAGGAUCUACCAUCUCACCACCACGAAAGGUCAUUUUUCCUCAUAUUUCUGUAAUUACUUCCAACUCUUUCAAAUGCAUUCUUGUUUCAUUGCACCCCAAAGUACGUCUCUGAUUACACUACAUUUUCUAAAAGUCACAUACAAAACAUUUUCCUGUCAUUAGCAAAAGCGCAACAGUUGACUUUAGACAGAAAGACAGAACUGCGGUACAAUAGAGAAGAGUUUUGACAGCUUCAAUUCUUUUCUAUUCCUCACUCAUUUCAAAAAGUACUGUAGAAAUAUUCAACUUCAACCUUCAACUACAAACCUCCUAAAAAUGUUGCUCUUCAAACUUUUUGAAAUAUCUUUACCUUUUUCUGAGCAAUAAGGAAAAUGCCGUAACUAAUACUUUAUCACUGUAUCAGAUACUAAACAGUGGGGCUCCCCUUCCAGCAUUUAGAGAAAAAGCUCACAAGAGUUAAGUUACUUCAGAAGACAACUCUGUUACACACAAGUUUCACACAAGUUCUUCCGUGAAACUAUUCUAUUAUCAAAGUUUUUAGCUCUAUCCCCAUUGUCAUAUUCCAAGAGAUUAAAAAAAAAAAAAAGAAAAUCAGAAAAAAAUUUAAGUUGCAACACAACUUACAUAUCUUUGUUUUAUUUGAUCUUUUACAUUGUUACCUGUAUGUUAUAGAAAAUACAAUGUCAGGAACAAGCUGUAGAUAGCCACUGCACCCAGGAAUUUUCAAAACAACAUGACUACUGUUAUUUCUUAGAGUAACCCAUGACUAAACAGUUCCAAUGUCCUAGACCACAGCAUUGCUGAUUCCACAAGUUAUUUUUUAAUUAUUAUUUUAAAUUUAGAAAAUUUGUCUGAAAAGAAAAACAAGUGUUGGGAAUUUUAACAUAGUUGCUUUAAACAAUAUUUCUUGUUACUAUAUACCUAUUUACUAUACACUAUUCCUUACUACAGUAAGGAAUAUAUUAAUCUUAUAUUGUAGCCUAAGGUUGUGAACUCUAAAAAUUUUGAGACUUUGUCACUCUCCUUCACUGUUAUAAAUUCACUAUUUAUUUCUAACCUACAUCUACUUGGCCUCCUUGUUUAUUUAAACAGACAGAUUAGAGAAGCUUUUCCAUACCUAAUACAGUCUCCCUCCCCCAGAAAAUAUAUAAUCACUGAAACCACUCCCCUUUUAAUACUUUCUUUUGAUAGGCUAAAUGCUCCUUCAAACCUCAAAUUAUUUAAUGGAGGUUGCAAUAAUAUCAUUUUUUCUACACAUUUUGUAAGCAUAGCCAUAAGGAGCAACUGUCAAAUGCAUUUAAUAAAAAUAUUCUUCAUGAACAGUGUUGGCUAUUAUCCUCAGGAAUUUGUGCUAGUAUUCAUGCUGUUCAACAUUGUCAUAAGUGACCUGAAAAAGGGGGUGAACGAUGAAACAGAAAUCUGUUGAUGAUAUUAACUAAUUGAAGUUAGCAACAGAAAGGCCAACUGUGAGGAACUGCAUGAGGAUUUAAGAGACAGCUUGCUUAGACAAUGAGACAGCAGACAAAAAUAUACAAGACAGACGGAUUCAGGGGAAAAAACUCCUGACUUUCCAUAUGAAAUGAAAAGAGCAUGUAAUUGCCAAUAAAAGGAAAGAUCUUGGGAUAACAAUAAAUAGUUCCUGAAAACAACUUGCCUUUCUAAUUGCUACUAAACAUUGAGCUAACAUUGUUAGGAAUUAAGUAGAACACCAAAAACUUUCAGAAGUCACUGUAUAAACCUAAGGUGCACUUUAUCUUAACACUGUUUGCAGCCAACGUGCACCAUCUCCCCCUCAGAAGUGAUACAGAACUGAAACACUGCCGGAGAAGGUUGUGACGGAUGCUCAGAUACAUCAACUGACAACAGAGGUAACAACCAAAGCCUAUAAUGUCAUGAGUAGCCUGAAGCAAGGGCAUAAAGAAAGGUUUAUCUAGUGAAGAUAAAGACCAUGUUCAAAUCAAGCAAAACCACGUGGUACAGGACAAAGCUGAGGAAAUCCUUCCUACCUGAGUACUGUGGAUGCAAAGAGUUUACAGAUUUCUAAAUAGAGCAGAUAAACCCAUUGAGGGUAACUAAUACAAACACAUUAAUACUGGCACAGGAAGUCUAUAAAGAAUUCUUGUGCUCUAGUUAUCCAUGUGCAAUGAUUUAUAAAUAUAAACCCUUUUAAGUUCCAGCUUAGUAUCAUCCUAAAUUAUAUAAUAUUAUAAUUUAUAUAAUAAAAUAAUUAUAUAAAAAUAAUCAUAUAAAGAACUAUUAUCUGUUUUAAUGUAACAUAGUUUCUUCAUAAAAUAUAGCACACAAAGUUCCUGCACAACUCAGCAUUUUCUGAAUCGUUUCUGAAUUCUGAUUACUUUUUCGAAUUUAAUUGAAUCUGAAUCAGAACGUUUUUCUACGAAAAACACAGUGUAACAAGCGUACAUAAUCUGUGGAUACACUUUUGGGUGUCCUAUUUGAAAACAUUUCACUAUUUCUGUAGUUCUUUGUUUACCGUAUUAGUACCAAAGUGAAAGUAUUUAACAGAAACAAAGCCUCACUUUUUUCAUUGGUAAGCCUUAAAGUCACAAAUGCCUUACUUACAGGAGGGUAGGCCUGGUGCUUCCUGUUGAGACUCAGCAAGCCAGAUAGCACACGAAGUCUCAAAGCUACUUGGACUACAUUCAUUAACAACAACCUGUGUGCUCAGAAAAAUUACCAGAUGAAAUACUGAUAAGCAACCAGUUGGUCAAAUGGCUGCUUUGCAUGUCACAAAAGAAAAGGAAGUGAUCAACACUGGACAACAUUUUAACUGGAGGCCUCCUUUUUAACAAGUUUUCUAGUUCAACUGCACAUGGAUAUAUUUAGCACCCAAGGGAAACUCUCACUCUGAAAGUAUGUAUGUGUAUGGCUUCUCUUUUCUUGAGUACAGAAGUGAUCAAAGUAUUGCUCUCAAGGUAUUAAUUAAUUUUUCCAAAUGUUCUGUUUGGUAAUGCAAAUUGAACAGAUUUUUCAAAACCUGUAAAUUAGACGAAACAACGUUCUGUCAUUUGUAUUUGAAGGUCUUACUUUUAAAUACUAUUUGUACUCUUUCUUGAGCUAAUAGAUAAUGUAACGCUUCUGGAUAGUAGAGCACAAAAAUUAUGAGUAAAAGCAUUAUUUAGGCAGGUUCUCAAAAAUACUUAGUCAUCCUACUUUGAGACAGAAGGCUGUUAAACUAUAUGCCUGAAGAAGAUAAUACGUCUUUACAGAGUUCUGCUUUGUUGUAGUCAAAUACCCAAUACAUAAACUUUUUGGAUCUAUGAAAAAAAAAAAAAAGCUUAGAAAAAAAAGGAAUACACAAA